AACUCUCUUUUCUCAAACUUUUUUUCGAGUUUUGAUAACAUAAAUAAUAAAUAGUGAAAGAAACUCUAAAAAACUUCACAUAAAGGAUGGAAUCAGAUACGAAUUCAGUAAUUUCUGUGGAACAUGAAUCAAUUCCAACCACACCGGUUCAAACAAACGCGGCAGAAGUUACUGGGGACGAAAUUAUCAUCGGUUAUAAAUAUUACGUAAGAUUAGAGAAUUAUGCGGAUUCCGAAGACGAAAUCCAAUAUCGUAUUGGAGAAGUUUUAUCGAAUCGAGUAAAUUAUGAAGGAAAUCGAGAAUAUUAUAUUCAUUUUAUUGAUUUUAAUAAAAGACUUGAUGAAUGGGUACCAGAAGAUCGGAUAGAUACAAACGCAACUGUUAUUAUUGAGAAACCAAAAUUAGCAACACCAAAGAGAUUAAACAUAUCUUUAGAAGAUCCAUCAACACCACCACCAAAAGCUUCAUCAUUGUUAAGAGAAAUGGGUUACUCAACACCGCCCGUAACGAUACCAGCAUAUGAGUCACCCGGAAGUAUUACAAGUGCAACAUCAACAUUUAAUGAAGAAAGAACAAAAGGAGAAGCAGUUGGAGCAAUGAGUUGUAGGCCGAAUAAAAGACGUGUUAAAAAUUUGCAAGAAAUUCAUUUUGGAGAAUUUUGUAUAGAAACCUGGUACUUUUCGCCAUAUCCGGAAGAAUUUAAUGAUUCACCAAUAAUUUAUAUUUGUGAAUUUUGUUUAAGUUAUUUUAUAAGUGAAUUUCAGUUACGUCGUCAUGUUAGUAAGUGCACUAUAAUGCAUCCACCAGGAAAUGAAAUUUAUAGAGAUGAUGAAAUAUCAUUUUUUGAAAUUGAUGGAGCUCGACAAUCAACAUAUUGCCAAAAUUUAUGUUUGUUAUCGAAGUUAUUUCUUGAUCACAAAAGUCUUACCUAUGAUCUAUUGCCUUUUCUUUUUUAUAUUAUGUGUAAACAAGAUCAAUAUGGUUAUCAUAUUAUCGGAUAUUUUUCAAAAGAGAAAAAUUACACUUUAAAUAAUUUAGCUUGCAUUUUAACAAUUCCUCCUUAUCAGCGUAAAGGUUAUGGUAGAUUAUUAAUUUCAUUCUCAUAUGAAUUAUCAAAAAUUGAGGGUAGAAUUGGAUCACCCGAAAGACCCUUAUCAGAUUUAGGAUUAUUAUCUUAUCAACAAUAUUGGUAUGAAACCAUUCUGGAAGUUUUGUGGGAUACAAAAGAAAUUGGUGAUGAUUACAUUACUAUAGACGAAAUUACUGCUAAAACAAGUAUAACUCAAUCCGAUGUACUUUUUACUUUAUAUGAAUCUGGUAUUUGUGUUUAUCAAGGUCAAGUUUGUAUUAGAUUAACUGAAGCUAUGUUAGAUACAAGUUUAAAUUCUAUAUCAAAAAAACGUAGGAUCAAUAUUGAAAAUUUAAAAUGGUCUCCUCCCCAUUUUACUGCAAAUCAACUUAGGUAUAAAAAUUAAAUGAGAGGAAGAGAAAUUUGGGAAGGAAAAAGUGAAGAAAAUAAUUUUGAAUAAAUAAAAAAACCUGUUAACAUUUGAGCAAUUAUCUAUUUAUUG